UCUUCUUAAAUUUUCAGAAUUUAAAAUACAAAUUAGACUCGCUUAUGUAAAAUUCAGGGAACCGCCUAUUUGUAAAAUAAUCUGACUGAAUGGUUUAAGAAGCCCCUUCCAUGGCCUUAGGAUCAGAAAAUGCUGGAGACGAUCAUCGAUUCUCAUCUUUUCUUUUCAACUUCGUGAAAAUGCCGAAGUAUGCAAUUUUCAACACCCACAGGAAAAAAUAAAAGGAUCGGUUUCUUUUUUCUUCCUCUUUUCUGGCAGAAUUUUGUCAAAAUAUCGAUUGCUAUAUUGAUCCGCCUAAUCUGCGUUUUCAACGGAGUUUUCAAUCGAUUUUGAUGUUCCAGUGAUGUCCAUACUAAAGGCUGAAUGAAAUCUGCUAGUAGAAGAAUUCAGACGUAAAAUAUAAUUCUCUUAUAAUUCAAAGCUUUAUGGAUUUUGGGCAACAAGUUUAUUUUACAAUCGGCGAAGCUCAGAAAUUGUAAAAUUGCUGAAUGCGGGAAACGGGCUGAAAAUUUACACUAAAAAUUAGAUCAUUGAUCAGAGGCACGAAAUUUAUAUGCAGGGUUUGAUAUUUGGAGAAGUUUGUAAGUUAAUGCAGGAGUAGAACUUCCAAAUUGGAAGGUUUAGUUGUGUAUGGCCUCAAACAUCCGGAGAUUUUAGAGUAAAUUUUAGAUAAUUGAUCAGAGAUGUUGAAUUUAAAUGCAGCGCUUGUUAUUGAAAUUAAUCUGUUAAUUUGUAAAUUAAGUUUCUAAAGAGUGCUUUAUAUCUAAUUUGGCCGCUGAGGUCAUCCAAAUCUUGGAAAACCAUAAUGGCAGUAGCUGUAGCUGCAGAAUGGGAAGCUCUAGACAAUCGGUAUUACCGAAAACAAGAAAUUUAUUCUAUGUCCUGGCAGAAGAUGGAUUUAACUCGACACAAGGUUGCCUGUGCCCGUUUUGGAGGGCCUAUUGCAGUCAUAAGGGAUGAUUCUAAGAUAGUCCAGCUGUAUGCUGAGUCAGCGAGACGUAAGUUACAGAUAUUUAAUUCUGCUGGAGUUCUUUUGGCCUCUACAGUGUGGGAUCGGCCCGGGGGGAGAUUGAUUGGCUUGGGAUGGAAUGAUGAGGAAACUUUGAUUUGCAUUGUGCAAGAUGGGUCCGUCUAUCAGUAUAACAUCCACGGGGAGCUUCAGCAGCCUCAGAUAAGUAUGGGCAAGGAGUGUUGGGAGCAGAAUGUGGUGGAGUGUGUUAUUUGGGGAAAUGGAGUGGUUUGUCUUACGGAUGCAAAUCAGCUGUUCUGUAUUCCUGAUUUGAAGAGUCCAAAGGCAAUUAGGCUUGCCGAUCCUAAUCUCGAGGAGCCUCCACUGUGUAUGACAGUAAUUGAGCCUCAGUAUACGAUGUCUGGGAAUGUGGAAGUGCUUCUUGCAGUGAAUGAUUAUGUUUUGGUUGUGGACGAGGAUGGUCUUCAGCAACAAGGACUUGGCAUUGGGCCUUUGCAGAAGAUGGCUGUUUCGCCAAAUGGGAAUAUUCUUGCAUCUUUUACUCACGAUGGAAGGCUUCUGGUGUUGUCCACAGAUUUUUCUAAAGCUCUUUUUGAGUUCAGCUGUGAGUCAUCUCUACCUCCAGAUCAGCUAGCUUGGUGUGGAAUGGAUAGCGUUCUGCUAUAUUGGGAAGAUAUGUUAGUGAUGGUGGGACCUUAUGGCGGCUCAGUCAGAUAUAUGUAUGAUGAACCUAUAGUUCUGAUACCUGAAUGUGAUGGUGUAAGAAUUCUUUCAAAUUCCAACAUGGAAUUUUUGCAGCGUGUACCUGACUCUACUGUAUCUGUCUUCAAGAUUGGAAGCACGUCUCCUGCAGCCCUAUUGUAUGAUGCGCUUGAUCAUUAUGACAAGCAAAGUGCAAAGGCUGAUGAGAACCUAAGAUUGAUUCGCUCUUCCCUCUCUGAAGCUGUUGAGGCUUGCAUAGAUGCUGCAGGUCAUGAGUAUGACAUGUCACGGCAACGCACACUCUUGAGAGCUGCUAGCUAUGGAAAAGCUUUUUGCAGUCGUUUUCCACGUGGUCGUAUUCAGGAGAUCUGCAAAACGUUGAGAAUACUAAAUGCUGUUCAUAAUUAUGAGAUUGGUAUUCCGCUCAGCAUACGGCAGUACAAAGUGCUGACAGCACCAGUUCUGAUUGGUAGGCUGAUAAAUGCAUUCCGACACCUAUUGGCAUUAAGAAUAUCUGAGUACAUCAACCUGAGCCAGGAACCUGUUGUUAUGCAUUGGGCCUGUUCUAAAAUCACAGCAGCAUCAACCAUUCAAGAUGCACCUCUCCUUGAAAUGUUGCUUGAGAAGCUAAAGAUCUGUAAAGGAAGUUCCUAUGCGGCAGUGGCUGCCCAUGCAGAUAGGAAAGGUCGGCGGAAACUAGCUGCAAUGCUUCUUGAAUAUGAGCCACGCUUUUCUGAACAGAUACCACUCCUGUUAAGCAUGGGAGAGGAAGAGCGAGCCCUUACCAAGGCAGCAGAAAGUGGUGACACAGACCUUGUUUAUCUUGUGAUUUUCCAUACCUGGCAGCGGAAGCCUCCUUUGGAAUUUUUUGGUAUGAUUCAGGCAAAGUCACUAGCUCGUGAUCUCUUUAUCAGAUAUGCAAGAAAUUAUGAUCAGGAGUUCCUAAAAAACUUCUAUUUGUCUGCUGGUCAACUGCAGGAGUUAGCCUCUCUGCUAUGGAAGGAAUCGUGGGAACACACUAAGAGUCCUUUGGCACAAAGGGGUUCUCCUCUUCAAGGUCCUCGCAUUAAGCUUAUUGAGCAAGUGCACAAACUUUUCUCAGAGACCAAGGAGCAUGCUUUUGAAUCAAAGGUGGCAGAAGAACAUGGUAAAUUGCUCAGGCUACAACAUGAGCUAGAAGCAAGCACCAAACAAUCUAUAUUUGUUGACUCAAGUGUUAGCGACACAAUCCGGACAUGUAUUGUAUUAGGAAAUCAUCGUGCAGCUGAGAAGAUAAAGAGCGAAUUCAAGGUUUCUGAUAAACGCUGGUACUGGCUAAAAGUAUUUGCCUUGGCAACUACAAAUAAUUGGCUUGCUUUAGAGAAGUUUUCCAAGGAGAAAAAACCACCAACAGGCUACAAGCCAUUUGUAGAGGCUUGCAUUGAAGCCGGAAAUAAGGAUGAGGCAUUGAAAUAUAUCUUAAAACUUGCAGAUCCUCAUGAACGUGCUGAGGCCUAUGCUCGUAUAGGUAUGGCCAAGGAAGCAGCUGAAUCUGCUUCACAAGCAAAGGAUGGUGAGCUGCUUGGGCGAUUGAAACUAACUUUUGGGCAGAACACGGCAGCCACUGCUCUUUUCGACACUUUACGAGAUCGCUUAUCUUUACAGGGUGGUGGUUAGAUUUUUGUUACGGUCUGAUGUCAAGUUCUUGUUUUAUUAAUGUAAUAAUCUUGUGUCUGGAUUUUCUGACAAACUUAUUGCAGAGACAGAAAGAUUGAGUGAUGAGGUUGGAAAUAUUGUUGUUUUCAUAUAUUGAUCAAAUAUCAUGAGGGUUUCUAUCAAAUUGUAAAUUCUGUGGGAUAGCACCGAACUGAAUAGAUUCAUAGGCCUCAAUUUAUUUUGAAGAACAGAAUACAUAAGGAAGUGAAACUGGUACAGAUAUUGGCAAGGUAACUGUGCCAUGAGAAUGUUGAUUUACAAACCAUAGUAAACACAGUUAAAGCAAUUUAGCAUCUUGGUACUUAGGAAAGCUGUCAGUUAUUUUUUUGAGCUCAAGGCCAUUCUUUUCUAGGCCACUCCAAUGGUGCUGUAAUCUGCAGGCCUGUAAAAAAAAAAAAAAGUUUGGGAGUGUGUAAGGGGCAGAUACUGAUGUUUUAUUGAGCAUGCAAUUAUCAUCCUUUUUUCCUCCUUUUCAUAUUCGAAUGAAUAAACAAUCUUCUGUUCAAAA